UGUACAUGCGGAAGUGAAACCAAUUCGGACCAGAAUUAACGGAAAUGCUGUUUGCGAGCGUGCCUCAGGACUAAAUGGUGGGCGACAAUGCGAGAUUGAGUACCCGCCAGCGUGGGGGCGCGGAUCCCUCAUGGGUUGUGCUAACUAUCAUGCUCGUAUUCGCUUUCCUGAUGAUGGUUCAGUUUGGCUCCUUCGAGUACCUCGAAUUAGUAGCAGCAUCCCUCAAUUUCUUGCCGAUUACAUCAUUCACAGCGAAUAUGCCACCCUCAAAUUCCUCAAAAUGACCAACGUACCUGCUCCCCGAGUGUUUGAUUAUGGCCUUGCUAGCGACAAGAACAACACGGUGGGUGUUAGCUAUAUCAUUAUGGAACACAUGACGGGCAGGCCGUGGAGUAUGCAGGGACUGCAUGAGAAGCGCUUUGCAGAUGAUACAGACAAGGAAAGGGUGUGGAAUGGCUUGGCGGAAAUUUUGAUUGAGAGCCAGCAUCAUUCGUUCUCAAAGGCAGGAUCUUUUCUUCUAGGUCCUUAGCCUUCCAAGCCAAUAGUCUCUGCUAAUGCC